AGUGUGGUAGUGGAACCUUAAGAUGCCGGGUUGGAAAUCGAGUCGGAAGGAAAAGAGACGACACUUGUUGGGACACGUGACGAGAAGUUAGGGCCGUAAGCGGCGCUCGGUGUGGAAGACUAGUCGAACACAUUUAGUGUCUCUCCAGCCUUGAUGAAAGCCAACAGAGAAACGAAGCGCCUUUUUGUGGGUGGCCUUGGCCAAAGCAUUUCUGAGGCAGACCUACAAAAUCAAUUCAGCAGAUUUGGAGAAGUUUCUGAUGUGGAGAUCAUCACUAGGAAAGAUGACAAAGGAAACCCACAGAAAGUCUUUGCAUAUAUCAACAUCAAAGUAGCAGAAGCAGACCUGAAAAAAUGUAUGUCUGUUUUAAAUAAAACAAAAUGGAAAGGUGGAACGUUACAAAUUCAGCUAGCAAAGGAAAGUUUUUUGCACAGAUUGGCCCAAGAGAGAGAAGCAGCAAAAGCAAAGAAAGAAAAGUCAACGACAGGCAGCACCAGCUUGUUAGAAAAGAUGGGAGUGGUGGAUUUCCAUGUGAAGGCUGUGCCAGGGACAGAAGUACCAGGGCACAAAAAUUGGGUUGUGAGUAAAUUUGGAAGAGUCUUACCUGUCCUUCACCUAAAGAAUCAACAGAAGCGUAAAAUCAUAAAGUAUGAUCCAUCAAAGUACUGCCACAACUUAAAGAAGAUAGGGGAGGAUUUCACCAACGCCAUCCCUAUAUCCAGCCUCACUUGGGAAUUGGAAGGAGGGAAUGAUCCUAUGAGUAAGAAACGACGAGGAGAAUUCUCUGACUUUCACGGCCCUCCCAAGAAGACAGCAAAAGUGCAGAAGAAUGAGGGCCCCACUGCACCUCUGGCUAUGAGACCAAAACCCAGUGGGGUAACGGAGAGUCCGCACUUACCAAAGCAACGGGCUGCACAGAAAACACCUCGUGAUCCCAUCGCUCUUAAAUUACCCCGCGUACCUGAUUCUGGUAGUCAAAAACUUAAAAAUCUAUUCUUUCAGACUUCCGGCUUGGAAACUGCCAAGAACAGAAAUAGCAUGUCUGAUGAUGAUAUUGAUUCUGAAGAUGAAUUAAGACUAAUGAUCGCAAGAGAGGAAAACUUAGAGAAAAUUGCAUGGUCCUCGGUAAAUGAAUCUGAAAAUGAUCCCUUUGAAGUUGUAAGGGAUGAUUUUAAAUCAGACUUUCACAAAUUUCAUACUGCAAGAAGUGUAGGUAUCAAAAAUAAGGUCUCUUGCCUUGAUAGUGAAGAUAAUGUGGGAAAUGAUUGUGACUCUGAUUCAGGAGAUACAGAUGAAAUCAUCGCAAUGAAAAAAAAUGCUAAUGAGGUCAAAACCAGUAUAGACUUGUCACAAAUGGAAAAGUCUGUACACAAGGAAACUUCCUUGAAAAAUAGAAAAAUAUGUGAUCUUUCUGAGGAUUGUAUUAAAGUACAAAAAGGAAAAAACAAGGUAGAGAUAGCCGUCAGUCACAGAGUUAAGCCUCCUAGUUGUAAAUCUCUGGCUGACUCCAGUAACAGUGGAGAUGCUGAUUCUGUAUCAGAAUCAAUUCAGUCUGAAGGAGAUAAGGAAUAUAACGCCAUGAUGAAAAACUGUCUCCGUGUGAACCUCACCUUAGCUGAUUUGGAACAGUUGGCUGGCAGUAACCAGGAGGCUCCAAAGGAAGAUACUGAGAGCAGUGGUCAGGAAGCCCCUGCCAAGUGUGACAAGGCCUCCAACAGCCACAGGACUCCAGGUGGCCUCCGCAAAGGCCGACAGUGUAUUCAUCCUGAGGAGAUUGUGGCUUCCCUUUUAGAAGGAAAAGAGGACACUCACGGAAAACAGAAACCAAAGGAAAACAAUUUAAAGCCAAAAUUCCAGGCUUUCAAGGGAGUAGGCUGUCUCUAUGGAAAGGAAUCGGUAAAAAAAUCCUCAAAAGAGGAUGUUGCUUCUAACAAUGUUAAUAACGAUCAUAAUUCCUUGAAACUUGAGGAUCCCAGGAGCAUGUCCAUGGAAAAAUGUUCCCCAUUUGCUAAUGGCUUAUCAAGCGAACUGACUCAUUUCCAACAUGGAAAGAAGGCAAAUGACUCAAAGCAAAUCCAGCCUCGAAAGAGGCAGUCUACUUUUGAGAGCCAGGGUCAGAAGGUGGUAUCCCCUAGCAGUUCAGAAGAGGGAAGUAGAAAUUCUAGUCUGUUGCUACAAAAGGGUAAGAAAUCUUUAAGUCUUGCUGCCAAGACUCCCAGGAGAAGCUUUGAUGAAGACUGUUGCCACAGGACUGGAAAGUCAGGAGAGGACUCUGAAAAGAGGCCUGAUCUGAGCAUCCCCAAGGCCCUUGAGAAAUUGCCAGGGGUCUCCUCCAGGAGAGAAACUCAGGGAAGCAAAACUGACUUCCCACUUUCUGUUAAUAGUUCAUCAGAUGUUAGUGCUAAGGAUAAGCAUGCUGAAGAUAAUCAGAAGCGUUUGGCAGCCUUAGAAGCAAGGCAGAAAGCAAAAGAAGUACAAAAGAAGCUGGUUCAUAAUGCUCUGGCCAAUCUGGAUGGUCAUCCGGAAGACAAGCCAACGCACAUCAUCUUUGGUUCCAACAGUGAAAGCGAAACAGAGGAGACAUCCACUCAGGAGCACAGCCACGCAGGAGAGGAAGCAGUGAAAGAGUCCAUGGGAAGAGCAUCUGGGAAGCUGUUUGACAGCAGUGAUGAUGAGGAAUCUGGUUCUGAAGAUGACAGUAACAGGUUCAGAAUUAAACCUCAGUUUGAGGGCAGAGCUGGACAGAAGCUCAUGGAUUUGCAGUCUCACUUUGGCACUGAUGACAGAUUUCGCAUGGACUCUCGAUUUCUAGAAAGUGACAGUGAAGAAGAACAGGAAGAAAUAAAUGAGAAGAAAACUGCUGAGGAAGAAGAGCUCGCUGCAGAAAAACUGAAAGCCCUGAACGUUGUGCAGAGUGUUUUGCACGACAACUUAAUUAGUUCUACAAGCAAAGGAUCGGUAGCUGCUAAGAAAUUUAAGGAUAUCAUACGUUACGAUCCAACGAGGCAUGACCAUGCCUCUUAUGAAAGAAAGGGAGAUGAUAAAUCAAAAGAAAGUAAAGCAAAGCGAAAGAAGAAAAAGGAGGAAGCUGAGAAGCUACCUGAGGUGUCUAAAGAAAUGUACUAUAACAUUGCUACGGAUUUAAAACAAAUAUUCCAAACUACGAAAGAUGCCAGUGAAAAGAAAGACAAUAGGCCUUGGAAUGAGGACUCUGAUGGAGAGAAAGCUGAGGAAUUCCAGGACCCUGCAGCUCCGAUGACUGGGGAUGAACAGCCCAGCGGGUUCACAUUCUCCUUUUUUGAUUCAGAUGCUAAAGAUGUAAAGGAAGAGACUUACAGAGUUGAGACCGUGAAACCUGGAAAGAUUGCCUGGCAGGGAGACCCUCGUUUCCAAGACAGCAGUUCAGAAGAAGAAGAUGAUACUGAAGAAACAGAUGACAAAAAGCCCAGCCCUGAAGAAGUAUCUUCACCUGAGAAACAGACCACUAGAUUUUUCUUUUUCUCUAAGAAUGAUGAGAGACUUCAUGGUUCUGACUUAUUCUGGAGAGGAGUGGGAAGUAAUGUUAGCAGGAGUUCCUGGGAGGCCAGAACAAAUAACUUGCGUAUGGAUUGUCGGAAGAAACAUAAAGAUGCCAAGAGGAGAGUGAAACCAAAAUAAUAAACGUCAUUAUUAGUUUUGAUACUGAAUGUGAACAAGGCUCACCUGUGGAAAUAGGGGUGAUCUGGAAAACAAUUUUAGCUGAAAGAGGAAUUCAGAGUGAAGGAAUAUUCAAAAUCUGGUGGAUAUCAUUCUGGUUGCUUUCUUUUUCUGUAGAUUUCCUCUGUAUUCUUAAUUACUUCAAAAAAUUAAUGUGAACUUUUUUUAGUGAAACACAAGAUUAUAUACUGUAUAUAUAAAUUAUAUACUUUUUGUACAUGAUCUCUUUGCCCUCCACCUUGAUAACUAAUGGGCAUCUUCUGACACAAGGUUUAUAUAAAGCCUUUUAAAGUAUAUGGGUCAGAGCACUUACAUUUUCCAUGUUUCAUGUGAAUUAUACUUGAAAUAUUUCUGAUUGUA